GGGAAAUACACUCAAUCUAACCCCUUUUGGGUUAGGCGGGGAUGGGUGGCAGUUUCAAGUGGUCCGCCGCGGAGCUUCGGAGUUGCUGCUACUUUGUUUCUAUUUCAAUUUCGGAGAAGGCCAAGUCUUGGGCGGUUGUUCUUUUUGUGAUCUCUUUUUCUUUCUCAGAAGUUACCAUUCAUGGCAUCGAAUCAGAAGGUUCGCCGGAUUGUCCUUACGGGCGCUGUCACGGUCAUAACUAUUGCUGGGUCGCUUUACGGUGCUGGCAUUAAGACCGGGCAACAGGUUACUCAGCAAGCCAAAAAGUCCCAAGAGGUCACCAUUGAUGACCGAAUCGACGGCCUCCGAAGCAUGCGACAGAAUCUGGUAUCGAAGAAGGAGCUCGUCGAAAAGCAGCUCCGCGACCUGGACGUGAAGAUCGAGGAAAGGAAGUUGAAGAAUAUGGACGGGCCAAAGAGGGAGCCACCGAAUUAUAAGUAAUAAGGGGUGCAAUUCUCCUUGAGCUGUUCAGGUGUAAAGCGGGCAGAGGAUGCGGAUCUGCACCGCCUUCUUUUCAGAAAGCCGCUUUCACCUUUGAACUCCCUGCGCUGGUUGGCUCUGCUAUGUCGUGUCGGUAAUGCACCUCGCUCGCUAGCCCAGGGAAGAGCAGCCCCUUCCAAAGCUACAUGCUCGCGUCCGGGGACAGAAAAAUGUGAGGUCUUCGCUUCGUCGGCAUUGAUCACCCGCUGCGCUUGGUGACGAUAGACGACGAGCUUCUAGCAGAGCUGUGCAGAAGCGGCUGUCCCAAGUCGCUGGGUUCGGCUAGGAAGAGUGGGUCAUACUGCUCACCACCCUCGCCCAAUUCCUGCGUGGCGAGACUCGUUCGUGAUAUCAUGUUUGGACGCUUGCACACCAAAUACUGUAUGGAACCAAAGUGGUUCAAUGGUCUCACGGUGGCUUGGUACAUUCUACCAUCUACGAAGUGACACUGCCAGUACCAUGAGUACUAAACAUUGAUAAUCAAUGCCACCAACAAUGCACCGGCAUGACCGUUCGAGAGCAGGUUGUAUGAAGCUGACAGAAAUCUAUGAAUUUAUAUGA